ACUUGCUUUCCCUUCAUUCUUCUUCUCCUCCUUACAUGCAGGUGGUGGCCGGCACAAUGAGGCGGCCGUCAUCACCGACGCUCAGCGGCAGCAGCGGUGGCAGGGGAGAUGAGAAUGCCGGUGGCGUGAAGAAGGGGCCUUGGACGCCCGAGGAGGAUAAAAAACUGGUAGAUUACAUCCGAAAGCACGGGCAUGGAAGCUGGAGAGCAGUCCCGAAGCUCGCUGGGCUUAACCGCUGUGGGAAGAGCUGCCGCCUCCGGUGGACAAACUAUCUCCGGCCUGACAUCAAGAGAGGCAAGUUCGAGGAGGAGGAAGAACAACUCAUCAUCAAGCUUCAUUCAGUUCUGGGAAACAAGUGGUCAGCCAUUGCAAUGCGACUUCCAGGAAGAACUGAUAACGAGAUCAAGAAUCACUGGAAUACUCAUCUUCGUAAAAGGUUGCUGCAAAUGGGUAUUGACCCGGUAACGCAUAGGCCAAGAACUGAUAUCAACUUCAUCGACGCCCUUGCAAAUCUACCUCAGCUGCUCGUUGCUGCUGCCAACAUGGGCAAUAACAGCAAUGUCGCAAAUCCUCUUUGGGACAGUAUUAAUGCUCUCAGGCUAUGUUCAGAUGCGGCGCAAAUAGCAAAUGAACUCCAGUUGUUGCAGAAUUUCAUGGCACUUCAAUUACAACUCCGGGGUAGCGUUAACAAUACCACGAAUGAGGCUCAGAGCCAAAUUCCAGAAUUAGCAACUCAGUUUGGUUCCUGUAACCAGCUUCUUGAUCAUCUUGCAUUACUGAAUCCACAGUUGCAGGGGGGAUUGUGUAAUCUGGGAAGCUCAUACAAUUUCAGUAGGCUUCCGCCAAACAUCAGCUGUUCUGGUUCAGUUGCCACUUCAUCAACUUCUCAAAAUUCAGAGAUUCAAAUUCAUCAUCCUGGUAUCAUCUCAAACGAGACUAAUCAAGGGCAAACAACCAACUCCAACGUUUCCAGAAUUAAUGAUGACAGCAAUAAGCUCAUGACUAAUGCCUUCACAGUGUCGUCAUCAUCACCAUUAAAUGUUCCCAGUAGCGAGGGCAUUCCUAGUAAUCCAAUAUUUCCCACACUAAUCCCCGCAUCCCCUUUCCCUGAGAAUCCAAGCAGUAGUAUUGAUUGGGAAACCGACAAAGAAAAAUAUACUAUUUCAGCAAACCUGAAGCACGAUAUUCCCAACCAUGUGCCUAAUGCAACAACCACCUUUGAAGCUUGGAGAGACAUUAAAGUGGAUGAUGAUGAAGCAACUGACUCUUACUGGCAAGACAUCUUAUACCAAACCUUUUCUCCAUAACCAGUCCCACCAAACCAGCGGUUUUCAUUGCUUAAUAGCAGACAAGAAUUUCUGACC